AUGUCUCUUGAGCUUGCAAGGAAGCUUCCGAACGCGAAAUUCAUUGUGCAGGACAUCGACCACGUACUCCAACAAGCACCAGCGGUAUGGUCGCAAGAAUUGCCCGAAGCUGUCCAGAUGGGACACGUCCAGUUCAUGCCCCAUGAUUUCUUUACUGCUCAAGCCAUAAAAGGAGCAGGAGCAUACCUCCUGCGUCGCAUCUUGCAUGACUGGUCAGAUGAGAACUGCAUUAUCAUUCUGAAACAUCUCAAGAACGCCAUGACCCCCAGCUCGCGUAUCCUGAUCAUAGACCACGUCCUGCAUCCGACGGUAGAAUCGGGGCAACUCAAAUCAGCUCCGCCGCCUCUUCCUGCGAAUUACGGCAUUGCGCACAUGUUCAGUAUUAUGGACGACCUCGAUAUCAUGUCACUCAUGAAUGGAAUGGAGCGUACACCUGAUCAACUGCAUGGGCUCGCGGAGCGCGCGGGCCUCACUGUUAUUAAAAUUUGGGAGUGCCGCGGUUCUAUGCACGUCAUCGAGAUGAGACUUCCUGAGGAGCACUGA